AUGAAAUCAGCUGUUCGUCUGGGCUGUGGGCUCGGUUUCUCUUCUUUUCGUGGUGUUGGAAAUAACCACGUUUUUGUAGUGAUUAGUUUUUUGAUCCUUUGUCUUUUCUACUUAUAAAUCGGAACCAUGGCACCAAAAAAAGGAGAAGAACCCGAGGUGAAGCCGCUUUUCGGCCGAGUGGGCACCAACUUGAAAGUGGGCAUUGUCGGUGUACCCAAUGUGGGCAAAUCCACCUUCUUCAACGUCCUCACCAAAAGUCAGGCGGCCGCUGAGAACUUUCCCUUCUGCACAAUUGAUCCUAAUGAAAGUAGAGUACCUGUGCCAGAUGUUCGGUUCGAUUAUCUGUGUGAAUACUAUAAGCCUGCCAGUAAAGUGCCUGCAUUUUUGAACGUGGUUGACAUUGCUGGGUUGGUGAAAGGAGCGGCCGAAGGACAGGGUCUUGGAAACGCGUUUCUCUCUCAUAUUAGAGCUUGUGAUGCCAUUUUCCAUCUUUGUCGAGCUUUCGACUCUGAGGACGUGACUCACGUGGAGGGAGAAGUCGAUCCGGUUCGAGAUCUCGAAAUUAUUGUCGACGAACUGGUAAAAAAGGACGUCGAAUACUUGAACACGAAUAUCGAGAAACUGGAACGAACUGUGCUCAGAGGCAAUGACAAGAAGCUGAAACCCGAAUAUGACCUGCUAGUGAAAACGAAGAACCUUCUCGUUGAAGAAAAGACACAGAUACGGUUUGGAGAAUGGAGUGCUGCUGAGAUGGAAAUCCUCAACAGACAUACAUUCCUCACGACUAAACCCUGCAUGUACCUAGUGAACCUUUCGGAAAAAGACUACAUUAGGAAGAAGAACAAAUGGUUGAUCAAGAUUAAGGAGUGGGUUGACAAGCAUGACCCUGGUGCAAACAUCAUUCCUUUCUCAGGUGUGCUCGAAAAUAAACUCACCGAGCUGCUCGAUGGAGAAAGGGAAAAGUUUCUAGAAGAGAACAAAGCCACUAGUGCUUUGGAAAAGAUCAUCGUUCAAGGAUACAAAGCCUUACGUUUACAAUACUUUUUUACGGCUGGAGCUGAUGAAGUGAAAGCUUGGACUAUUCAGAAAGGCACAAAAGCUCCCCAGGCAGCUGGAAGAAUCCACACAGAUUUUGAAAGAGGAUUCAUUAUGGCUGAAGUUAUGCAUUAUGAAGAUUUCAAGGAGGAAGGGUCUGAAGCAGCAUGCAAGAGUGCCGGAAAAUACAGACAACAGGGCCGAAACUAUGUGGUGGAGGAUGGAGACAUCAUAUUUUUCAAGUUCAACGUAACUGCGCCAGCAAAGAAGAAAUAAAUCGAGUUUCACACCCUCUCUAAGACUGCCAGGAGCAUUAUUUAUUCACAUAUCUUUACAUUUUUAUUUUUUUAUUUAUUUUAUAUGGAACAUUGACAUCCAUUCCACUCAAAACUCCUAACCUUUCACUAUCUAUUAACAGUAAGUUGUGUAUUCAUAACUGUUUUUAAGUUUGCAUUUUAUGAAAUUGUGAAUAAAUUUGUUUCUGACAGUGACCUCAA